GUGUCGAAGGGCUGCGGAAACGGGCGCGGAAGUUGGAAAAUGACAUCAGUAAUGCCAAGGAUAUCGAGGAUUCGAUGCUGGAGAAUGGCGAUCUAAUGAAUGCACGGGUAGAUGACCAGCAUGUUAUCGACAAACUGAGCCAAUAUCCGCGCAGCAAUGGGAAUGGUGGGGGUAAUUUGAACCCUGAACAUGAGAGUGCUAUAGCGGACCAGAAUGAGCAAUUAGACCAACUAGCUGGGAUUUUCAGUAGACAUAGACAACUUGGUGAUAGGAUUUACGACGAGAUCGAUGCACAACAAAACGAUCUUAACGCGUACGACAGCCAAUUAGAACACACGAAUGAGUCCAUGCGCUUGGCUGGUCGAGGGAUGGACGAUCUGGACUUGGAUUUCGGAGAUUCAGCGACUGGUUUUGACAGUAGCAACGAACGACAAUCCUGUUUGUUGGUAGGCUUAUGCGCGACUCUCAUAGCUGCGUUGGUAGUCAUCAUCUUAUUGAUUUAA